AUGGCUGGUGGUAUGGCUGGUGUAUUGGCUGGUGUAAUGGCUGGUGGUAUGGCUGGUGUAUUGGCUGGUGGAAUGGCUGGUGGUAUGGCUCGUGUAUUGGCUGGUGUAUUGGCUGGUGGUAUGGCUCGUGUAUUGGCUGGUGUAUUGGCUGGUGUAUUGGCUGGUGUAAUGGCUGGUGGUAUGGCUGGUGUAUUGGCUGGUGGAAUGGCUGGUGGUAUGGCUCGUGUAUUGGCUGGUGUAUUGGCUGGUGGUUUGGCUCGUGUAUUGGCUGGUGUAUUGGCUGGUGUAUUGGCUGGUGUAAUGGCUGGUGGUAUGGCUGGUGUAUUGGCUGGUGGAAUGGCUGGUGGUAUGGCUCGUGUAUUGGCUGGUGUAUUGGCUGGUGGUAUGGCUCGUGUAUUGGCUGGUGUAUUGGCUGGUGUAUUGGCUGGUGGUAUGGCUGGUGUAUUGGCUGGUGGAAUGGCUGGUGGUAUGGCUCGUGUAUUGGCUGGUGUAUUGGCUGGUGUAUUGGCUGGUGUAUUGGCUGGUGUAUUGGCUGGUGUAUUGGCUGGUGUAUUGGCUGGUGUAUUGGCUGUUGUAUUGGCUGGUGGAAUGGCUGGUGGUAUGGCUCGUGUAUUGGCUUGUGUAUUGGCUGGUGGUAUGGCUCGUGUAUUGGCUGGUGUAUUGGCUGGUGGUAUGGCUGGUGUAUUGGCUGGUGGAAUGGCUGGUGGAAUGGCUCGUCUACACAAGGAGAUGAGGAUGGUCAUUGUCUGUUUCCAAGCUGCGAAAAAGCGGAAAGGCUACCUGAUGUACCAGCCUGCUAUGUCAGAUACCACUCACCAUGCAUCGACUAGGCGCCAGACACGAACUGAUGGUGGUGUUGGUGAGAAGGAGAGCUCUGUGCCAGAAUAA